AUGAUUGGCCAGAAGACCCUCUACUCCUUCUUCUCCCCGAACCCCGCCGGGAAACGACGUACCCGCAGCCCCGAGCCGGCCGACCCAGGGACCGGCGUGGCGGCGGUAGCUGAGGAGAGCGGGGAUGCGGCGGCCAGCCUCGCCAAGAAGGCCCGGGCCGGACAGGAGGACCCCGGCACGCCCCCCACCUCGCCGCUGAGCCCCGAACAGUUGGUCCGCAUCCAGAGGAACAAGGCCGCAGCCCUGCUCAGACUCGCCGCGCGCAACGUGCCCGUGGGUUUCGGUGAGAGUUGGAAGAAGCACCUCAGCGCCGAGUUCGGGAAACCAUAUUUCAUAAAGCUCAUGGGAUUUGUUGCAGAAGAAAGAAAACAUUACACCGUGUAUCCACCCCCACACCAAGUCUUCACCUGGACGCAAAUGUGUGACAUAAGACAUGUGAAGGUUGUCAUCCUGGGACAAGAUCCAUAUCACGGACCCAAUCAAGCCCACGGUCUCUGCUUUAGUGUUCAAAGACCCAUUCCACCUCCACCCAGUUUGGAAAACAUUUAUAAAGAGCUGUCUACAGACAUAGAUGGUUUUGUUCAUCCUGGUCACGGAGAUUUGUCCGGGUGGGCCAAACAAGGUGUUCUCUUACUCAACGCAGUCCUCACCGUCCGGGCACAUCAGGCUAAUUCGCAUAAGGAGAGAGGAUGGGAGGAGUUUACGGAUGCGGUUGUGUCCUGGCUAAAUCACAACUCCAGCGGCCUCGUCUUCCUGCUCUGGGGCUCUUACGCUCAGAAGAAAGGCAGUGCCAUCGAUAGGAAACGUCACCAUGUGCUGCAGACUGCUCACCCCUCCCCGUUGUCGGUGUACAGAGGGUUCUUUGGAUGUAGACACUUCUCUAAAACCAAUGAGUUGCUGCAGAAGUCUGGCAAGGAGCCCAUCAACUGGAAGGAUCUGUGACCCUAAACUGGGGAGGCUGUCCCUGGGCCGUCUUUUAGAAGCUGCUAGUGAAGUUACUCACCAAGAGUGGCAGCAAAGGCUCUACUCUGGGACCUUAUGUCUGUCUUUGCAACACGCCUUUGGACUAAAAUAUACCUUCACGGUAUUUGGGAGAGAGAGGCGGUCAAAUACUCCAGACCACCGCUCUCUGUGUCACCUUUAUGGUAAAAGGGGACAGGAGACAGAAGCACCUUGUGGUACAGCCAGCUGUUACUUUAGUUGGACUUUAGGUUGUAAAGUGUUGGGUGUGUUUAUUUAGCAAGGCCCUCCUUUGCCCAGCUUGGCUUCCCGUUCUUGGCCAAGUACACUGCUCCCCGCAUCCUUCUGAGAGCCCCGAGGCUCCUCCUUGCAGGAAGCAGGACAUUUUGCAAGUGCCCAGAAAUUUGGGGCUGAAAGUUCUUGAGGACUGAUCUCUGAGUGAGCCUUCAACAGAUAGGGAGAGGGAAGUGAACUGGGGCUUGUUUUCUAGUUACUCUAUGGGUGUUCCUAGGAAUAAACAGUGGAAGUUGAACUGGAAGAAAGAGAAAGGGGAGUUAUUUUGUUUUUUUUUUUUAUUUUUAUUUUUUUUUUUUUAAAGAGGAAAUGCUUUUCUUCUCUGGAGUAUCUCGAGUUGGGGGAUUUCAGGAAGCACAGAGUGCCAAUUGCUGUUUUUUUAUGGACUGAAAUCACAUGGGGAUUUUUUUUUCAACACUGGUGAAUUUUGCUGUUUUAAAAAUACUUCUGCAGAUGUGUAUAUUUUUUAAUCCUUUGUCGGGGAGACCGUCUUUUAUUAGGUCUGUACCUCCGUCCUACAUCCUGUUAGAGAUGCUGUCGCUGUGUUAGUUGGGGGAAAGGGGGCGUUAACUCCGAGUGAGCUUGGCAAUAAAAAGAUAGUUGAAGUUUCA